UGGGAUGUGUAGUCUGGUCGGGACCGGGACACCCCCUCGGAUGAAUGGGGCCGGAGCCGACUGCGAACUACAGCUCCUCGGCCGGCAGCGUCGUUGGCGGCUCCGGGGGAGAGCAGCGCUGCAGGGCCGGGGGGAUGUUCUGUGCCGCGGCGAACGCAGCAGCCGGGCUUCUUAGGGUGGCGGUAUAAGCGGGCGCCUGCUUGUGCGCGCUCGCUCUCCUUCCCCGGCACCGGUCAUGCGCCCGGCGUUCGCGGUGGGCCUGGUGUUCGCAGGCUGCUGCAGUAACGUGAUCUUCCUAGAGCUCCUGGCCCGGAAGCAUCCAGGAUGUGGGAACAUUGUGACAUUUGCACAGUUUUUAUUUAUUGCCGUGGAAGGUUUCCUCUUUGAAGCUGAUUUGGGAAGGAAGCGGCCAGCCAUCCCAAUCAGGUACUAUGCUGUGAUGGUCACCAUGUUCUUCACUGUCAGCGUGGUGAACAACUAUGCCCUGAAUCUCAACAUCGCCAUGCCCCUGCAUAUGAUAUUUAGAUCUGGUUCUCUAAUUGCCAACAUGAUCCUAGGAAUUAUCAUUUUGAAGAAAAGAUACAGCAUAUUCAAAUAUACCUCCAUUGCCCUGGUGUCUGUGGGGAUAUUUAUUUGCACUUUCAUGUCAGCAAAGCAGGUGACCUCCCAGUCCAGCUCCAGCGAGAAUGACGGAUUCCAGGCAUUUCUGAGGUGGUUACUAGGUAUAGGGGCACUGACUUUUGCUCUUCUGAUGUCAGCAAGGAUGGGUAUUUUCCAGGAGACCCUAUACAAACAAUUUGGGAAGCACUCUAAGGAGGCUUUGUUUUAUAAUCACGCCCUUCCCCUCCCGGGUUUCAUCUUCCUGGCUUCUGACAUUUGUGACCAUGCGGUUCUGUUCAAUAAGUCUGAAUUGUAUCAAGUUCCCUUCAUUGGUGUGACAGUGCCCAUCAUGUGGUUCUACCUCCUCAUGAAUGUCAUCACUCAGUACGUGUGCAUCCGGGGUGUCUUUAUCCUCACCACAGAAUGUGCCUCCCUUACCGUCACCCUUGUCGUGACUCUGCGCAAGUUUGUCAGCCUCAUCGUUUCCAUCUUGUACUUCCAGAACCCUUUCACUCUGUGGCACUGGCUGGGUACCUUGUUUGUCUUCGUUGGGACCCUAAUGUACACAGAGGUGUGGAACAACCUAGGGACCACAAAAAGCCAGCUUCAGAAGGAGGACAAGAAGAACUGAGGUCAGCCUGGAACAGAGAGACCGGUGUCCAAAUGGGCCAGGGUCUGGUGAAGGUCUGGCCACCGUUUCGCUUUUGUUAAAGCUGAAGUAUUGAACCAGCCAUGUACCAGAGAAUCCUCAGAACGAGGGACACCUCGGAUUUCUUACCGCUAUGGACACCAACGUUUGUGGACUCCGAAUGGAAACCCCGCAACCCUGAAAUAGAAAUAAGAACAGUUGUCCACUAUUGAACAGCCAGUUGGGUUGUUACUUGUUUACCGGAAUAUUUAGUACUGUUACUUGUUUAUUGAAUUCUGAGUCCUCAGAGCUUCUAGUUUUAUAUCCGUGGUCUCGGGCAAGAUUAUCUCUUGUUGCUAUUCUGAUGGUUCUCUGCCAUAUAGUCAUUAUCAUCCUGUGGCCUUGUCCCUUUUUUUUUUUUUUUUUUUUGGUCACCUUUCCCCUCUCCCCUCCCCCCCCCCCCCAACCCCAGCAGCACUUUCAGCCAAUCAGACGCUCCGGGGAUCAUCAUCAGGAACAACUGAGUGGCCAGGUGAACGGAGACACCAAGGACGUUGGCCUGGGAAGGAAACAGUCGUCCUGUGAGCUGAGCCCUGGUAACGCUGGAGCAGGACUGAUGGGAAUCCUUUCCCACAGCUUUUUUUUUUUUUCCCCCCUAUGCAAAAGUCUUCUAUUUUCUGUGCUUGAAACAAACCUGCAGCAUAUCUCUAUGGCACAAAGUUAAUAAGAAAGAAAGGUCGUGUAUGAAUUGGGAGAGACGUUCUCCCUCAGUCUUCUACAUGAACCCCGUUAGCUCAGAGAUGCGAUGGUGACGCCACGAUGGCGGGGAGAAGCUGGCCCUCAUCGGCACCGAGAGAGCCACAGCUAAAUGUUCGAAAGGCUUCUUCACCAGAGAGAUGCAGCCCUGCCGGUCAGUCUGAUAAGAGUCCUGGUCCGUCAGGCUAAGGAGUAGACUGAUACGUGGUGGGUGUGGGUUGUGGUGUAUAAGUCAGGUCAAAUCACAACUAAAAUGAAAAGUUUUUUGGUUUUUUUUUUUCCUAUGAGGUAUCUUAAUGUUCUUGAUGGAUAAUUUGCGCGGGCUUGGGAGGUCGUGUGUUUUACUCCGUGUGGAAACCUGCCCCUCUUUGGCUGAUCACGUCGGAGGUGUAGUUUUCCUCCCUGGGAAACUUUGGAGAAAGAGGAACAAUGUGAAUGUAGAGUGUAGGGGUGUGUGCGCACUCGUGUAGCUUGUGUGAUAAUAUUGGAGGAGAGAAGAGCGUGAAAAUGUGUUCUUUUAUUUUCUUGUUCUUCACUCAGCCCCAGACCUUCAUUAACCUCCCACAAGCACAUGCUUUUCUUUUUUGCACACAAAGGCCUCUCAUGUUUUUCUGGACGCAGAUUGUGGUCUUAAAUUGCGACGUGGCUCUCCGGGUCCCCGUGGCUCACUCUGUGGUGUGUCGUGUUUCCUUCUCUUUCUGCAUCUUUUGUCUGAGGGGGUCUAAGUGUUCUAGAACCUUUGGGUCGCUCUGGGGAAGUAACGUAAGUUGCCUCGCUCGUUCCAUAACGUGGAUAUUGUUCCUCCAUCUAAGUCACAGGGUUUUCAGACUGAUUUGUCGUUCUGGACAUGGACAACUUUCUAGUGCUGAUAGUGAUUUAUUCUAAAAGAUGGUGAAUUUGGUAUGAACCCAUUUAUAGAACCAAAAGGCAUUUUCUUUGAAAUACGUAGAGCUCCUCAGACUGGUGGUGCUAUGAAUAGUAUCUGUUAAAUAUCCUCUUAAAAACAAAAAUAAAAGCUACUUUUGUAAAAAAAAAAAAAAAAAAUCACUUAAUAGAAGAACCUGCCCCUGGGGGCUGUUGGAUUGGAAUGUGUCUGGAGUCUUAACAGGCUAGAACCUUACCUAACUUAGUGUCCUUUUUAUGUCGAUGAAAAUUUGUAGUAAUCGAAAUGUAUUGGUGUCCCCAGAGAGCAUUUAACUGAGUCUAUUAGCUUUUAGAUUCUGGUUUUACGGAGUAUAUGUUCCUCUCAGAUGAAUACCUCCGCUGGUUUUAUUAACCAGAGGUUAUAUGUGGACAGAUUAGUGCACUCACACAAUAAAAUAGAACACAUAACAGAAUGUCUCAAAUGCCCUGUGAGUUGAUUUUUCUGUCUAGUGGCCGGAAUGUAAGAAAUAGAUGUCUAAUGGACACUAGUUAAUACUUUCAUUAGAAACUUAUUUUUUGGGGGGGGGGGGACCAUUUAUUUCCAUUAGAUAACUGGCUUUUCAUUCCAGGUUGAAAUUAAUUUCAACUUGUAUUAAAGGGGCAAAUGAACCAUUUUGUAGAAAACCGGACCCAUGUAACCAGAAGAGAUUGUCUAUUAAAUGCUUCUCUUCUUUCUCUGGGUCAAGACUAUGUAACUUUGUACCCCAUAGAUAGUUUGUUUACAAAAGAGAUUUGGUGUUUAAGAGCAAAGAUCAAAUAGGACGACACUAGCGAGAAAGUAUCGUGUGCGUGCGUGUACCCGUUUUAACGCCUUGACUGGUAUCGUAAAGUAACAGGAGAAAACGGUAGAUAUUUGAAUUAUAUUAAUAUAGUGUCUCCGUAGCCUUUACCACAAUUCUGUUGUCACAUUAUAAAUGCUGUCUUUUUCACUUUUCAUU